CUGAGGGUAGUCACAUCACUUGGCGCUCAACUGCCGCUUGGAGUCUAUCCCUGGGACAACCAGCCGCGAACGGAGCGAGUCAGUCAGCAGUGAUUUUGACAUCUUACUAAUCUUUCUGGAGUUUCGUUCCCCCACCUUUUCCCCUUCCGAGUGGCUUGACUGAAAUUGGACAUGUCUUUCCCGCAGCUGGGCUAUCCCCAGUUUUUGAGUGCCUCCCCAGAGGCGUACGGAGGGGAGCGGACGGGUGUUUUGUCCGCAUCGACUCGGGAAGGGAGUUCGGAGAGUGCGGGGAAUCCUUCCGCUUCAGCAGCAGCCGCGGCAGCGCCGCCAGUCACACCGAUGUUGGGCAUGUACGCAAACCCGUGGACUGCUCAAAACUACAGCGCGUUUCUUCCGUAUAACAGCGCCGAGCUGGCACUGUUGUCCCAAAUGGGCUCGCAAUACGAAUUGAAGGAUUCUCCCGGUGCGCAUCCCUCGGGUUUUGUACACCCAGCUCAAGGCUUUUACCCAUACGGCCAGUAUCAGUAUGGCGACCCGUCCCGGGCGAAGAGUGCCACCCGGGAAACGACUAGCACGCUGAAAGCCUGGCUACAGGAGCACAAGAAGAACCCCUACCCCACCAAGGGCGAGAAGAUCAUGCUCGCCAUCAUUACCAAGAUGACCCUCACACAGGUGUCCACGUGGUUCGCCAACGCGCGCCGACGGCUGAAAAAGGAGAACAAGGUGACGUGGGGACGCAGCGCGGAGGACCGUGAUGGCAGGAUAUUUGACAGCGACAACGACGAUGAUCACGACAAGAACGAGGACGACGAAGAGAUCGAUUUGGAGAGCAUCGAUGUCGUCAAAACAGACGAUGGCAUCGAGGAGCAGAGAAAGCUGGAGCAAGGGUCCUCGUUGGAAAGGCCGAGCCCCGCCGAGCUCGAUUUGAAUGUGGAAAACAUGGAACCAAAACGGACAUUAUCUAUUCCCGAGAUCAAGGGUGUGAAUGACUCAAUUACAAACAAUAAUAAAGAAUCCCAAGCUGUCAAAAACGUCCCCGCACUUUCUCCCGAGGCCCCCGGAUGCCAACGUCCCCAAAACACUAAGCCAAAAAUAUGGUCUUUGGCGGAGACGGCGACGAGUCCUGAUAACUCGCAGAAGGCCAGUGCGCUCUCGGCCCCCGUAGGCCUGCGCGCCUCUUCUCUGCCUUCUCACCAUCCGGCAUUCCUGCCGACCCACGGAAUAUACACUUGCCAGAUUGGAAAGCUUCAUAAUUGGGCGGCAAGUGCCGCGUUUCUCAGCGCCAACUCCCUCAUGAACGUCAGGUCACUGCUAGGUGUCAACCAACAAGGCGGUCAUCACUUCAGCCACAGUCCCGCGACGCACAUCAAGAGGUCACCCUCACCGCCAGGCCAUUCGGGUCCAGAGGGAGACAGCGAUAACUCAUCCGACGGCUUCAGCCCACAACGCCAUGAUCAAGACAACAGCCAAAGGAUUGAGCCUCGGACACCAGUGCUGAGAUCACCGUUCCAACAAAUGCAUGAAAGGGCUCACCAUGAAGCGACACAGCGGAUUCUAAAGACCGUUUCCUGAGCACCAAGACGAGAAAAUAAAUUAUUUAAAAACAAAUCAAGUUCAAGUUAGCUUAUAUGUCCUAUAACAGUGUCCUAGAAAAUAUACAGACCCCAUAACAUAUCACAUGAUUUCAAUUCAUGUUUGAUUUCGCGUUUAUCUUGUAGCAUAUGUUCUUUUUUUCAUUAUUACUUUAUGGAAGAUAUUUGUACAAAAAACAG